AUGCUGAAGCUUCUGCACAACGGCGAAGACAUGGCCAGUAGCUCCAGAGCGGAAACUCCUAGCGAAUCAAGCGACUCAGGCGGGACCGAAGCAUCGGAGAUCGCCCAGUCGAUCCGGUUUGGACUGCUGUCGCCACUUCUCGAGUCGUGGAGUGGGAGAUGCGCCGUGGUCACGUCCAUGGGGAAUCAGUCAACGGGCAAAAGCUACUUCCUGAAUCACCUCACCGGCACAUCAUUCGCAAUCUCCGGCUCACGCUGCACGGAUGGGGCUUGGAUGUCGUUGCGGUUCGUAUCCGCCAACAUUCUCCUCGUUGUGCUGGACUUCGAGGGUCUCGGCUCUUUUGAGAGAUCCGAGCAAGAAGAUAUUUUCCUGUCGGUGUUGAAUGCCUCGGUAUCCCUGUUCACUGUCUUCCGGAUGGAAAGUAGAUUCGACAAGGACCUUGACAAUUUGUUUUCCCGUUUCCAGAAGGGCGUCCAGCUCAUCAAGAACGACCCGCGACUAUUCCGUGGGCUAUUGUAUAUGAGCGUGAAGGACGUGAACUUGAAUGACCGGCGCGGCGUGUACUCUGAACUUAAAGCGAAGAUGAACGCCAUUUUCAAGUCUAGCAGGGAGCACUUCCUCAUGGAGAUGUACGCCGGUAGCCUCCAAAUUAACUGCGCACCGCCGUUCGGUACGAUUGAGUACUAUCAGAGCAUGGAGAAGGACUCGGCUGCGACUUUGUUGAAGAUCGUGGCUCCGUUUGGGAAGGAAGCAGGGGGGUUCGUCACGGCAUGGACAACCGAUGCGAGUCAAAAGCUGCCUGGGAUCUUGCGCACGGGGUGCCACGUCUCCCAGUCACUGGUGACCGACCCGACCAUACCCGAUCACUUGAAGGAGGACGUCCUGCGCGUUGGUGCUCGAGAAAAAGUUGUAAUCUUAGCGAAAGAAGUGUUCCAGGCCUAUCCUAGCUUUGUGCCGAAGUGGACGCCCCUGAAUGACGCCGUAGCGCUGGACGGUAUCAAAGAUUCCGAGUUUGAUCUGGGCGUCGACGUGACUGCGCUUGACGGCAGGAAAGGAAGACAGAUUCAAAAGAUGAUGAACGCGCUCUUCCGGCAGUUACAAGGGGCGGAAUAUGGCAAAUCGAGACUUACUACGGAGCACCAGAGCUCGUUUGACGCUUUUGUGGCCUUUGUACUGCGUCGACGCAAGAUGAAGGUGGCAAGUUGGCUUCGUAGCCAUGGGGCUGAAGAUGGUGGGUCGGUUGCGCACAUGUGCCUUGGUAGUCACGGGUGUCCAGCGAUGUGCAUGGUUGACGGCGUUUGCGAGCAAAAGGUUCGCCUAAAGAAGUCGGCGCGUACGUGUACCGGUGCGCGCGGCUCGUUCCAGUACAUUUUCCAGGAGAUGAACGGCUGCAAGAAGCAGUGCGCGCAGGUUCUAGCUAGCGGCACGAGAGAUCACGAAGGGGUCCAGCAUUCCUGUAUUGCCCCAGUGAGUGAUAGGACGCAGUCUCACGGCAGCAGCAGCAGCUCUGGAAACGCUGGCAAGCACUUUGGGCACAUGGGACUCCACGUCACCUCCCACGGGAACAUGAAGCAGACCUAUUUCCUGGCAAAAGGCAACGACAUCGACGUCGAGGAGCGCAAAUACCAAGUCGGCGAGCGCGGCAUCGCUGAAAUGAUGCGCAGGGCUUUCGGCGUCAGAAGAUUCAAAUGGACGGGUUACUGGAAGAUGGCGAUGGCGUGCGCUGCAUUGACAACAUCGGACCGGUGA